AUGAUAAAUAGACACCCAGUUUGCCAGAUAGAUAACUCUCAGAUAGGUGAGCAGACAGAAUAACAGACAGACAGAAAUACAGAUUGACAGAUAGACAGAAAUGCAGACAAACAGAUCUAACUUAACUAUCUGUACUGUCAUGCUAGAAUUACUGAUACUAAAUUUAUAUGGUAUGUUUUAGAUGGCAAUGGAACAAUAAGUAUAGUCUCACAAGCCGCAACUUUUUAUGCUGUUCGUGUUACGAUGCCUACGGCUGGUGUAUGGAACUUUAGUAUAAUUGCAUUCGGACCAUUUACAUUUCAAGUUACAGCACAAAGUACUUUGGCUUUUGCAACAGUUUUUGAAAAGGAAGAAUAUUCAAGCGCUUUUGGGAAGAUGCUUGUACCAAUACCAGGCAACCCAAUUAAAGGUAGGAUGUAACUUAAUUGUGCUGUAGUAAGUGCUAAUGAAUCAUGAUUUGCCGGUUGCCAAACCUCCAUAUUUUUGCGCGGUUAGCACAAAGAAUCUUGGGACACAAUAUAUUCACAUAUAGUAGUUCGCAUUUGUAGAAAAAAAUUACAUUUUUAAGUAUUUAUUAUGAUCAGAAAUGGAUUUACACUCAUUGCCGAUUGGAAGUCGCUGUUCGUGGAGACUGUAAUUGGUUUUAUAGAGUGAUUGCUUUAGCAAUAGACAUCAAAAGUAAUAAUUAUAAGGAUUCUGCGAAUGUUCGAGCCAUGGCUAACAAUAUAUAAAUGCUUUAACACUCAACUACGUUUCACGGCUUUCACCCGUGUUUAUUUAAUCAUAUACUACGAUUGGGGAAUCAUUUAGAGAAAAGCCUUGACUCAGGUACUUGGGGAGAAACCAUCGAUAUAUUUGCUUGUUCAACGGCAUUGCAACGUUCGAUAUGUGUUUACUCAAUGUUGGAUCAGAAGAAGAGUCGAUUUGAUCCCCGUCAUGUGUUACCGCUUGCAUUAAAUAGCCCAACUAAGUGUGACUGUGCUAUGUACUAAGUGUGACUGUGUGACUGAUCUGUCGUUUGUUGGCAACAUUUUCUCACGAAAUAGGCGCUGUUGCAUCCAGCUGUCGAGGUCAAUGAACAUUCCAACUUGGGUGGUUGAGUUCGACUCCAUUUCUGAUCCAACAAUGAGUAAACACAUAUCAAACGUUGCAACGCCGUUGAACAAGCAAAUUAUAUCGACGGUUUCUUCCCAAGUACCCGAGUCAAGGCUUUUCUCCAAAUGCUACUAUAUGAGUAAACAAAUGCAGGUUAAACGUAGUUAAAUUCUGAAGCAUUUAUAUGUUGUUUAUACACAUCGCACAUGGCUCGAACAUUCGCAAAAUCCUUCUCUCUAUAAAAGCAAUUACCGUCUUUAUGUCACAACAACUUCUUUUACCAUUCGGCAAUGAGUAAAAUUUAUUUCUGAUUAUAAUAAAUAUUUUAAAAUAAUUGUUUUUAAAUCGAACUGCUAUGGUCAAUAUAUUGCAUGUGUUUACCCCCUGGCGAUCCCAAAAUUCUUUGGGCUAUUCGCGAGGAAAUACGGCGGUCUUGCAACAGUUAAAUCGUUCAAUGAUAGUGAAACAACUGAACAAUACCACUGAAAUUAAAAGCAAACAGGUUUCUCGUCUUUGAAAUUUAACGUUUUCCUCCCAGACUUCCUUAAAUUUCUGUUACGUAGAUAUUAUCGGGCGAGGGGGUGAAUUAAAAAAGUUGGGAGGCCGGGAGGAGGUGAAUUAAAAAAGUUGGGCCCCUUUCCUUUCGAGGCCUCCUCUAACAAUAUUUUCCCGGAAAACAAAAUAUUUUCCGGAAAAUGUUGGCAACGGGGAGGGGGGAGGGAGGGGAAGUCGACAUCCUUUUCCAAAAAUGAGAUAAUGGGGCUUAAAUAUAGUUUUUCAGACCAUUUACGAAAACACGUUCCGCAAUUCCAGCAUUCCGGUGCCUCAUCUUGGCAAGUUGGGCCCCUUUUUUACUUUUCUUUGGGGGACCCUACACCCCCCAGCCAGUAAACACCAAACAGCAAACUUUUUAACAUAAAACCUGGGCGCAUUGAGGGCCUAAACGUAUUAAAAGACAUGUACAAUUAGAAAGAUAAAUGUAUUACAAUAUUUCUUAAGCGUCAAAAUUGCUCCGAAUUGACUGUAGAUUUAUACAUUCCCUAAAGACAUGGAAGGUUACUAUCUAAUAGCAGGGUUCGUGCUACGCCUUGAAGUCCUUAAAUACUACUUAAAGGAAUUUCUGACUCUAAAGGGCGCUUGAAAAGCCCUUGAAAUUUGCAGUUUUGUAAAGACUCCUUUAAAUACUCCUUACAUUUCUGUCAAACAUAAAUUCAUAUUUUCGCUAAACGUAAAAUCCAUACUAUAGCGCCAAAAUAUAGUCGGUGACCAUGAAAAUUAAUGUGAAUGAAUAUAGAAUGUUACAUUAAGUUGAAAAUUAUUAACAAACUACACAGUGGGCUUGGAUAUUUAAGAAACUACAUUGCAGGCUCGGAUUUAUCGCCAUUUUAUUUCAUUUCAUUGUUUAAAUAUGAGUGAGUGAGCGAGCGAGCGAGCGAGCGAGUGAGUGAGUGUGUCGUUUAUUUCAUAAAUAAUGUAUUAAUAAACAUGCCUGCAGGAGGGAAAUGUAUUUUCAAUUCGGACUAGCUUACAAAUAACGUACACUUACAAAGCAUGGCUGAAAAGUGUGGUGAAGGAUGACAAACAUGCUGCGUUUUGCAAGGUGUGUUGCAAAAAGUUUAGUAUAGCGCGAGCAUGGGAAAGUCGGCCUUAAAGUCCCACAUCGAUAGAGCAAUGCAUAAAAAAACAUACUUUCUCGACUAUAUAAGGCAACAAUUCCUAUCAAUACACGUUUUAUAUCAACAAGCAAUCAGCCUGUAUCUGGUGCUGCUGAAAGUUCUGCAGAAACAGUUUCCAGUCCAGCCGGCGGUGGCAGUGGAAGUCGUGAAAACAAUGUCAGCUGCACUGAUCAAUCCAAGCGUUGCUCAGCCUUCGGACCUACACCAUCUAUCAACGUACCUUGGUAAAAAGCUGCUGACGUCGAGAUACUGUGGAAAUUAAAAUGUGUCCAUUCACAUUUUUCCGCACAUUCAAACAUGGGUAUGAAUAAUUUGUUCCAAAAAAUGUUUUCCGAUAAUCAUAUUGCACAAACGUGCUCCCUGUGUGAAACAAAAUACAGAUACAUGACAACAUUUGGACUUGGUCCGUUUUUUUCCAAAAAGCUUAUGGAAGACAUAACCAACUCCCCAGCCAAUUCUGUUUUAUUUGACGAAUACCUUUUGAUGUACUGUAUAUGGGCGCUAUUGGUCUAAUGAAAGCUGCCACGUGAAGUCCUGUUACCUUACAUCAUUAUUCAUAGGACAUGACAAAAGGGCAGAUCUACUUAAUCACUAUGAUGAAGCUACUAAAGAUCUUGAUCCAUCAAUGGCGUGGCACAUUGGUAUGGAUGGUCCCAAUGUAAAUCUUGCAUUUGAAAAGAAGUUGAGAGAAUCUCGUGAAGAGUUUAAUUUAACUCUUAGAGCAACUGCCUGUAAAAACUGA